AUGUCUACUCAAAUCGAAUCUCGUCCUGCUAUUGAGCUUCCAGGUGAAAGAGAGGAAGCGCCUAUCAGUCCAGGUCUGCAAAAGCAAUUUUUAGCUCAUUUCAAACUGUAUUCUCUUGUGAAUUCCACAAGGGAUAUAAUUUUUAUGAUUCCUUUUGUUAGGCAAUGCGCUACAAAUAUUUCCCCAAGCUUUCAAGCGAUUAGAGAUUCGAACCCAAUUAGGGCCGUUAUGGAUAAAGGUGAUCCAAUUGCUGAUGGCGCUUUGAAUAAGCUUGAUUCUGUUGCUCCUAAUUUAAGAAAAUAUGCUUAUAGUAAUUUAUGGGCUUCUUUUACUCGUCCAGUAAACGGAACAUUAGGAAAUACUCGCCGGGUACUCACAAAUGGUAAUGAAGCCAUAAAGACUACGAUUAUUGAACCAUCAGCCAAAACAGUGCAUGAUUUACGCGACCGCUUUCACUAUGUGGUUUAUGAUAACAAUGGAAAGGGGAUUAUCUCCAGUACUGCUGAUCCAUUAGUUGCGCCACUUAAUGAUUAUUUGGAGAAUAUUGUGAAAUGCUCUCCUACAUUGAAAUCUGAUUCCAAGAAUCAUUCCAGUGAGUUAUCCCGUACUGUUCAAAUUGUCGUUAAUGCAGUCAGAGGAAACAUUGAAUCUACUGAAGAAUUAGACAAUCCCCAAAUUGAAUAUGAUAAACUAAAAAAUCAGUAUGUAGAUGGCGCAAAGGAUACCAUUCAUGAAAAAGCUGCUGAGCAUACACAAUAA